UGUCUGUGUCCACUGUCCAGAGGCUUAAUGUACAACAACCUUUGCCCAGAAAGGCACGCGCUCGAUGAUUUACUUGGUCCAAGCAAGGCAAGCGGAAUUUUCAGAUUUUAGUCGAUUCAUUCUGAAUGCUGUUGUCACUUUAAAUUUGAGCCGGCAAUGAAAGCAGUAAUUUUAGCUGCAGGCUACGGAACAAGAUUACAGAGGGAUGUCGAAAACGAAACGACGGGGAAUUUUAGGCAUCUGGGCGGCAUUGCCAAGCCGCUGCUUCCCAUUGGUCCAUGUGCCCUUAUCUCACAUUGGGUACUGGCAUUGACCAAAACAGGAUGUGUGGACACAAUUUACGUUGUUACAAAUGACCUUUACCAUGAAGAAUUCCAGCAGUGGGCUCAAGAGUUUCAAAAUGUUAAAAUCCUAAAUGAUGGCACAAGAAGAAACGAGGACAGACAUGGUGCUGUUGCUUGUCUUCAGUUGACAGUCAAGCUCUGUGCUGUGGACGAUAACUUACUAGUUAUUGGAGGUGACACUUUAUUCAAAGAGGAUUUCAGCCUAAGGAAAUUCACAGCACAUUUUUUUGACUUGCAAAAUAAAAACAAAGAAAGCAAUUUAGUGCUGUCAUACCAAUGCAAAGAUGAGGAAACAUCUAAGUAUGGGAUUCUGGAGUUGGAUGAGGACCUUAAAGUACAGAGCAUGAAGGAAAAGCCUCUCUCAAGUGAUACGGAUUCACGGAAUGCAUGUCCCUGCUUUUACUUAUUUUCAAGGACUACUCUUCCUUUUUUGGACACCUUUCUUGAUGAGAAGAAGAAUGCAUCCAUUGAAGAACGGGACGCACCAGGGACCUUUCUGUCAUGGCUCAUAUUAAGGAGGCCGGUGUAUGUUCACAUGAUAUCUGGUCGAUUUGAUGUGGGGAAUCUUCCAUCAUACAUUGAAUGUGACAAAUAUUUCAAGGACCAACUUCAAAAUCCAACUGUUUAUUUAAUGUAAUCCAAACAAGUACUUACAAAACUCUACACAUAUGAAAAUGAUGUUAAAAAUAAAACUGUAAUGUGA